CACAAACAGUACUACUUUUUCGACCACUCGGCUUCUGAACAGUGUUCCGGCUGUCAGCCGAAACUAACUUUUUCCCGCCGAGGCAUGCACCAAGUCGUCCUCUACCCUCCUAACCAGCCAUGGGUCAGGCGUGAUGCUGGAGCUCCCCGGCAAGCCGUCCCGCUUCCCUCGACGCCGCCGACUCGCCGCCCUUGCCUUUCGGGGCGCCGCUCCGGCGUUUUGUUCAGCGCCGCACCGGGACCGAAUCCCACCGGACCAUCCUCGUCAUCCCAACCAGAUGCAGCCCAAAAGCGUGCCGAAAUCACAGCAAAUGUGGAGCGCGCGGCAGCGAUGGUGGGCGAGAUCGUCAACGAGGUGACGCGCGAGCUGUUUGUCUCAGAGGCCGUUGCCUACAUCCAAAACGACCGCGCCGAUCAGACUGAGCUAGUGGCUGUGCGCGAAGCUGUGGCGCGGCGCCUUGACUUCCUGGACGCCAACUUCCUCACCACUCUGGCGGGCUUCAUCCGUGCCUGCGAGCAGCGCGGCGACUCGCAGUUGUGUCGCAUGCUGACCGCCAUCCACGAGGAGGUUCUGCGGCUGGGCUGGGGAAAACGGUUAACGUAA